AUGAAGCGAAUAUCACGGGCAUGUGUGCGCUGCAGGAGACACAAAGCCAAAUGCAUACUCGAAAAGUCGGGCCACCUUCUGAAGCCACCUUGUCAGAAAUGCAUUCAAGCUGGCGUCGACUGCGUUCUCGCAACUUCAAAUCGCGGAGGGUAUCGACGGCGAAAGGCGAGGGACUUAGAGAUGGACCGGAAUUCAGCUGAACAGACAAGUGCAAGCCCACAGGAGCUCUCGGUGAUGGAGGAGUCGGCCUAUUGGUCACCUGAAACUGCUACUUUGGCUCAGGAUGCCCAAGCUGGUCGUGAACAUGUUGCUCAACCAGGCCAGGGUGUUGAUAUACGUGAAAGGGCCAGUCUCGACGAUACUUUUGCCUCCACAGAUCUACACAGCACCUCAGAUGCUCUCAACAUUCUUAGUCAAAUAGCUGGCGGUGCUGCAAAGACCGCUACAGUUGACACUGAAGCCUCACAUAACCCCAUGGGACAAUACAGGACGACAUCUGAAAACGGUUUGUUUGACUACUACCUGGUCAGCUCUGGCAUUUUGACUCCGGCCCAGGUACUAAAUCUUCUCGAAUGCUUCGCCACCACCUGUCAUCCAUUCUACCCCAUCGUACCGGAAAAUUCUUUGAAAAGUGCAUUCAUCUCUGAAACAGCCCGACGAGAGCCCCAUCUUUUGACCGCGAUGAUCACCAUUGGCGCCAAAGACAUACCUAAUGGGGAGCAUGUCCUGGAUACAUGCGCCCAGUACAUGCAAACACUAAUUUCAGGGAUUGUAGCAGGGAAGAAAUGCGGGAUCGAAGCAGUGGAAGCCUUGUUAUUACUGGCAGAGUGGGAACCUCAAUGUGGGUUACCCGAAUCUAGUAACCUAGGCUGUGGGCAGGAAGACAUGGCAGCAUGGAUGCAUAUUGGCCUCGCUGUUCGAUUGGCAUAUUCCCUCAAACUUGACAGAACUGUGUUUCGGACCGAUCCGAGACGGGGCGGCUCAAAUGCAUCUCGGGAACGUCUAGCUUGGGCCGCAUGCUACCUAUCGGAUCGUCAGAUUUCAGUACGCAUCGGUCGGCCCUUCGCGUGUCGUGGUCUGGAGCCGAGUAUUGCUUAUGGUAGACAUGGGUUCCCAGUUAUCGAGUCCGAAAAUCCAGCAUACGAUGACUUCUCUAGUGUUUUCCAAGCAAGACUAGAGCUGACGCAAAUAUUUACCAAUGUACACGAAGUGCUUUACUGCAAUCAGAAUUCCAGUACUCCAAUGAUGCUCUUCGGAAAUUAUGCCGCCUGCUUGGAUGAUUUCCGAGGGUCUAUUGCAACGUGGAACAGUGUUUGGGGAUCAUUGACAUGUUCACCCAACGUGAAAAUUUUAAUGCAGCUAUCAUAUGAGUAUUUAAGGCUAUAUGCCAACGCUUUCGCUUUUCAAGCAGCGACCCUGCGGACAUUAUCGCCUAAUGUAUCCAGCCUUGAUCGCGAGACCGAUCACAUCAAAGGUCCCGGGUCCCUUCCAGAAGCCCGCUUCAUGUACGAGUCGAUCGAUGCGGCCAAGUCAUUAUUGACGAUUGUGAAUAACUAUAUUUCGUUGACGGACAAUCUGAAUAAGUUCCCUAUACGAUUUCCCUUAUACUGUGUUAACGCGGCCGUGUUUCUUUACAAGAUAUGGACCCUCAAUGCCAUUUCGAAUCCUGAGCGAAUCAGUGUCCGAAGGCUGAUUAGCGACACGAUCAAGUCUCUCCGAAAGGGAACUACUCGAUCAUCGGAGAUUUGUGCGAGAUAUGCUUAUUUGCUAGAAGUCCUUUGGGACCGAGCAGAUCAGCGUCUUGAUAUCAACGAUGCAAGCCCAGGCUUCGAAAAUCAGACUCGACCAGCGCCCCGGAUUCAAGAAUUCACACCUAACGUACAGGACGCAUUCUCGUGGCUUGAUCUGGAGGCAAUUGGGAACUUUGUUUGGGGCGAUCCUCCACAGAAUGGAUGUGAUGAUUUCCCCAACAUGCAACCUUCGGCAAAUCCACUUCGUGAAGCAAUUAAUUGGAACGAUUUAGAUGGAUUUGCCGGUCAGGACUUCUCUAGGGUUUUCUGA